UAUUGAUGUUUUAGAAUUUCUCACCGGGAGCGGUUGGCUAUAGAAAGGUACGUGGGUCACUUAGGUGACGGUUUAUUUAGUAUCGUAAGAGCGCGCGGAUGAUGAACAGUGAAGGUGUGGCUGUAACAGUUUUGUUGUGAUAAUGGGUAGUAAAAAGGAACAAGAAGCUAUGAUAAACAAUGACUACCCGGUCGGAAAGGAACCCUGGUCCUAUCAAGCAAAAAGAUUCAUCUACAACAGAGAUAAUGGUGCUUUUAUGGGAAGAACUGCUUCAAGUUGGGCAAAAAUAUUGCUUUUCUACAUAAUAUUUUAUGCAGUUCUGGCUGCACUCUUUGGUCUGCUCAUGUUGAUUCUCUAUUACACGCUGGAUCCCAGGAUACCCAAAUACAGGCUGGAAGAGUCACUUAUUGGAACCAGUCCUGGAAUGGGGUUCAGACCAAUGCCAAAUGACUCCAACAGUUUGAGCACUCUCAUUUGGUAUAGAGGGACAGGGAAGGAUGAUUACAAGUAUUGGGUCGAUACUUUACAAAACUUUCUUGAAGACUAUAGAAAACCAGGUUCAACUCCAGGUCGUGGUGCGAACAUUCAGCAUUGUGAUUUUGAUAUUCCAGUACCACCUGGCAAAGUUUGUGGAGUUGAUGUUAAGUCUUGGUAUCCCUGUACCUUUGAAAAUUUUUAUAAUUACCAUUAUCAGGCUCCCUGUAUUUUUAUAAAGUUGAAUCGAGUUUAUGGAUGGAAACCUGAAUACUAUGAUGAUGUCGAGUCUUUACCUGAAGAAAUGCCAACUACAUUGAAGGAGUUUAUCAGAGGAGAGGGCAAUAGGUCCUCAAAUUAUCUUAAAACUGUAUGGGUGAGUUGUGAAGGUGAAAGCCCAGCUGAUGUUGAAAAUCUAGGCCCUGUACAUUAUGUCCCUAGGCAAGGAUUUCCUGGAUUUUAUUUUCCAUAUGAAAACUCUGAAGGUUAUCUUAGCCCACUUGUUGCUGUUCACCUCCAAAGACCUAAGACUGGGAUACUGAUCAACAUUGAAUGCAGAGCCUGGGCAAAGAACAUAGUUCACAAUCGUAAAGAAAGGCGAGGAAGUGUCCAUUUUGAGCUGAUGAUUGAUUAAGUCGCAUCAGGAAUGGUCUGAUAAAAGAAAAAAUGAAUGAAUGAUCUGAUUUGAACAGAAAAAAAUGAAUGAAUAAUCUUUAAGAUACCAAAUUUUAUAGAGUUAGAUUUAUUUUUUUGUGUGUGUAAAAGUGAAAGAAAUUAAUAUUAUUGUUAUUCUUUUUCAAAUCAUGACAUAUAUUGAAUCUCAAUGAGUGUGUUGAUAUUAAUUGUACUUUCAUAUUAUAAAAUAUAUUUCAAUAUAUGUACUUAUUUUUCAAACAUUUGCGUCCUUAGAUAAUAUUUGAAAUAUUUAUCUGCUACUUUAUGAAGUUUAAUUUAUACUUUUUUUUUAUAUUAGAAUUUUCCUUAAUAUUAUUUAUUAAAGAAUAAUUUAAAAACAAUAUUAAGAAAAAUCAAAUAAAUAAUAUAAUAUAUAUAUUUAGAUCUAUAAUUUAAAGUUCUUUUUUUUUUGUUUUUUAAGGGCUCAUCCUUAUAUAUUUAAUUGGAAAAUACCUAUUUUUGUUCUAUUGUUAGUUUAUUUUUUAUAUAAUUUUAAUUUAAAUUAUUUAGCUUAUAAUUAUUUUUAAUAUAUUCUUUGCUUGGACAUACCAUUCCCAAACAUUGUUAGCUUUAAGAUAAUUUUUCACAAUUUUUUUAUAAUUUUAUUUUUCUUAUUUCACCAUGUUAAGUUCUUUUAUUUUUAUAUUUGAUAUGCAAGUAGGAAUUAUAAUUCUGAUUUAUGUACAAACUUAUAUUUUUAAUAUUUAGAUCUUAUAAAAUUGUGUUCAGUUUGUUGUUGAAUAAAAUAUUUCUCAUCGAUAAUUUUACCAACUCAUUUAUUUAAAUUUUUUUUCACUGUAAUUUAAAAUAAAAUUACUUAAUCAAUAGAAUUUUAAAAAAAAUUAGUUUAUAAUUUAAAAAAAGUAGUAUAUUUAGAAAAACUGCUUUAAUUGCCGAUGUUCCCGCUGCACCCUUCAUGUGAAACAAUUUCAUCAAGUUUGUACCAUGCAAGCCACACUGCAUUUGUAAUCACAUAUAAUUUCAAAAGAAUCAAAGUCUAUUCAUUCUUUUUGCUUCAGAGCUAUUAUUUUCGAAUAUUGAUUCUUACAAAGUGAAUAACAUCCAAGUUAUCACUUUUAAUAAAACUAUGGACUGUAAUUGUUUUUCAUGCAAACUGGAUAACUCAAAAUAGUGGACGGAUUAUAUUUUGUACUAACGUUUGUUAUCAAAGUGCUGAAGUAUAAUAAUGUGCAGAAGUCUGCAUUAUGACUAUCUUUGACUACAGUUCUAUGAAUUGUUGAUACUAAAGCUUUUGGACAUUAUAUUUUGAAUGAGAUAAUUGGGAUAGAAUAUGUUAGCUUGAUAUGCUAUUCCCUUCAAAAUUUAAACUGUGUGCUUAGAAGAUUGGUAAAAACAUAAGCAGCAGAGCUCCAUCACUGAAGUUCUAUUUUUAUUUUUAAAAAGGAUUAAAUUGUUUCAUUGAUCUUUAGUAGAAAAAUAAAUGGUUUGAAAAUUAUCAUCCAAUCACCAGAGUUAUGAUAUAAAAAAGAAUAUUAAAAAUUAAAUAAUAAUUUAUUACUAUAUUACAUUGCAUUAAAAGUGAACUAAUACAAGAAGUAUCUGAAGCCUUUGAAGUUCAAACGGGUUUGAGGCAUGGAGAUGGAUUCUCGCCGAUGCUGUUCAACUAAGCCUAGAGAAAGUAAUAAGAACAACAUCAUGCAAAGAUGGAGGGGUGCACAUCGGAAUAAAAUACAAAAUCUCGUAGCAUAUGCGGAUGAUAUAGCUGUCCUCGGAAGUAAUCAAGAAGAUAUUGAGAGACUCGCUCAGACUCUGUUAAAAGAAGCAAAACAAAUUGGACUGUAAGUCAAUGUAGAUAAAACAAAAUACAUGAUAGUUAGCCGAAACAUCUACCCUAAUAACAUGAUCUGCGUGGACUCUAAGUCAUUCCCGAAAGUAGACAGAUUCAAAUACCUCGGCUUCACAAUAACCUCAAUAAAUGAUCAACUAACAGAGGUAGACCAGUGAAUAACAAGUGCGGACAAAUCGUUCUUCUCUUUUUCAAGGGUACUGAAAUCCAGAAAAAUCUCCAGAAAUCUAAAAGUAAGGGUGUACAGUGCCAGUUCUGCUGUACGGUUGUGAAACCUGGACUCUAACCGUCAUAUUAGAAGCCAGAAUGAAGAGAUUCAAAAGAAAAGUUCUUCAUAAGAUAACAGGAGCUAUAUGGGACCAGAACCUUGACAUAUGGAAGAGAUGGAACAAUAAAGAACUGCUGAAAGAAACGGGUCAGUAAAUAUCUCGUGAAAUGAAGGCAAGGAGGUUAAGAUGGACAGGGCAUGUAGCUUGUAGCAAUCCAUCAGGACACCUUUACACAACAAUGAAUGUCAGAGUAGUAGGCAAGAAACCAAUUGGGAGGCCAAAAACCAGAUGGAUUGAUAAGAUAAACAAAGAUACGGCUGAGCUUCAUGGCACAAUCUGGAAAGGAGAAGGCUGGUUCAGGCGGCUAAAGAUCUACAAGGUCUGUAGAGCCAACCGAAAAAAAAAAAAAAAGAAUUAUAAUAUAUGAAAUAAAAAUUUUCUAACUUUACAAGAACAUAGUUAUAAUUAAAAUUAUAGGUGCUCAUGAUAUUUUCCAACUACUCAUUUAAUGCUCACAUAAUUUUUUUUGUUAGCAUUAAGAAUUUAUAUUCUUCUUUUAUAAAAUAGUGAAGAAUAUAAAAUACAUACAUACUGAACAUCUAAUUUUUAUUUUAAUAGUAAAAUUGUUCAAACUAAAUAUUUUAUUAUGUAAAUAGGAUACUUUGAUAUAAUUAAUCCUAUGCUAGCAGGCACUUGUUUAAUUUUAGUUUGUGUAUUUUAAGAAAACUGUCUACAUGCAUGUGAAAGUAAACAUCAUUCGGAGAAUGGUGGCCCAUGUAGCCAGCAAUCAUUAUUUCUUUGUGCAGCACAGAGGAUACAAUAAAAUUCCAAAAUUGAAUAUUUGUUUUAUGAACCUUUUUAGUGGUUUCUGGUCCUUGAUUAGUUAAAGGAUAAAGUUUUUCAUUAUUGAACAGAAGAUUGGUUGGGGUGUUCAGUCAAAAAAAUGUAAAAAUAAAUAAAUUAUAUUUAUUUUUAUUUUUGCCGACAUUUCAGCCAGCAGUUCAGGCUGUCAUCAGGACUAAGAAAAAAAAAACAGAUAACAAUAGGUAUGAG